AUGGUGCAGCACGAGGACCCGCAGCCGCUACAGCAGCAGCACCCAACACCAGCAGUGGUCCAUUUUGCAACUGGCAACAAGAAAAAGCUGGAGGAGGUCGUCGCAAUCCUGGGAGCUGGGCAGAAGCUGCCGUUCACCGUUGACUCAGUCAAGAUCGACCUUCCAGAGCUGCAGGGGGAGCCCGAGGAGAUCAGCCGGGAAAAGUGCCGCCUGGCAGCCAAGGCGGGACUGCCAGGGCCCUACAUCAAGUGGUUCCUGGAAAAGCUGGGCCACGAUGGCCUCAACCGCAUGCUCGCCGGCUUUGACGACAAGACUGCCUACGCCCAGUGCAUCUUUGCAUACGCGCCUGGCCCCGGCGUGGAGCCAGUCGUGUUCGUCGGCCGCACCCAUGGCCGCAUUGUGCCUGCCCGUGGGGACAACCAGUUCGGCUGGGACCCCAUCUUUGAACCUGAGGGAUUUGAUGAGACGUACGCUGAGCUGGACAAGGACAUCAAGAAUACCAUCAGCCAUCGGUACCGCGCCCUGGACAAGCUGAGGGACUACCUGCUGGCUGGGGCGCCACAGGGGGACUCGUGA